CUCGAACAGCACCUAAGCGAUAUCUGGAUUAAGAUUCAUCAAGCAGGUGUACAGGUACAGCACGGGCUUUUGAGCCUUUGGGAGAGUUGAUGUCACACGAUGAGGUUAUCCAGUUUGUUCUCACAUUCCAUCAUUUACGAAUUAACAUCCUACUUCGCUCCCCCGUGUGCCUUAUACCCUUAUCCGUUGGCUAUUUAUCUCUUGGUAAUACUGACGCUAUCAUACUUGAAGUAUUGCUAUCUUCGAGCAUCCUCUUCCGGUUCAGUCUAGCUUUUCGCAUUUGACUAUACCCGCACUAGCGGUAGGUAUCCUAGCCACGAGGCGGGUAUAAACUCGUCUGCCUUGGAAGUUUGAGG